GCCUUUAACCCCAGCACUCGAGAGGCAGAGGCAGGCGGAUCUCCUUGAGUUUGAGGCCAGCCUGGUCUACACCGAGAGACCCUGUCUUUGCUGGGCAGAGGGAACAAGCCCAUACGACACACAUUCUUGCUCCGCAGGUGGCACACAGCUUGUGAAAUGAGUGAUUCAGAAGAUGACGACAUCCCCCAGCUCUCUUCCCACGCCUUAGCCGCUCUCCAGGAGUUCUAUGCUGAGCAGAAGCAAUCCACCAACCUGGGAGGGGAUGAUAAGUACAGCGUCGGGGCAAUAGGGGAGAACUGGCAGCUGAGCCAGUUCUGGUAUAGUGAGGACACUGCUCUGCGGCUUGCACAGGAGGCCAUCGCUGCUGCUGGAGAAGGUGGCAGAAUAGCGUGUGUGAGCGCGCCCAGCGUGUACCAGAAGCUGCAGGAGCUGCGCCGCGAGCACGUCUCUGCAUGCAUCUUUGAAUACGACAAAAGAUUCGCCAUAUAUGGGGAGGAAUUCAUCUUCUAUGAUUACAAUAACCCACUGGACCUGCCUGGAAGAGUCACCUCGCACAGUUUUGACAUUGUGGUUGCAGAUCCUCCUUAUCUGUCUGAAGAGUGUCUCAGGAAGACAUCUGAAACAAUCCGGUUCCUGACCCAGGGCAAGAUUCUGCUAUGCACAGGAGCCAUCAUGGAAGAGCAGGCAGCUCAGCUCCUAGGUGUGAAGAUGUGCAAGUUUAUUCCAGAACACUCCCGAAACUUGGCCAAUGAGUUCCGCUGCUAUACGAACUAUGAUUCUGGGCUGGACUGUGAAACCUAAAUUCACAUACUACAAUAAAGGACUCCAAGUGACAUGUCCCUUUCCCACUUGAUUCUCUUCCUGUUGAAAAACCUCCCUUCCCUCUUCCCUGGACUGGGAAUCUCCUGAUU